GCAGUAUCUGUUUACUGUAAACGUGCAUGAGAUCAUGUGAGCAGAGAUAUCGACGGAAGUCUGCCUAUAAAAGGGAGACCAGUCCCGUCAAAACAAACACCUCAAUAUUUUGUCUCGCUGCGUCAGUGAACGUACAGACAAACAUAUUGCCUUCUUACAGUUGCAACAGCUUUGUUAAAUCGUAAUAAUAUUCACGUACAACAUCAAAAUGACUGAAAGUCAACCUCGCCAGAACUUCCAUGUUGAAACCGAGGCUGGAAUCAACCGCCAGAUCAACCUGGAGCUUUAUGCUAAUUAUUGCUACCAGUCCAUGUCCUUCUACUUCGACCGCGAUGACGUAGCUUUGCCAGGGUUUGCCAAGUACUUUAAGACCAAGUCUGACGAAGAGCGUGAACAUGCCGAGAAGUUCAUGAAGUACCAGAACAAGAGAGGGGGUAGAAUCGUCCUUCAGGACAUCAAGAAGCCUGACAGGGAUGAGUGGGGAUCUGGACUGGACGCUAUGCAGGCAGCCCUGUCCUUAGAGAAGAACGUGAACCAGGCACUCCUUGACCUUCAUGACGUCGGGGAUAAACAUGCUGACAAACAGUUCAUGGACUUCCUGGAGAGCGAGUACCUGGAGGAACAAGUGGAGGACAUCAAGAAGAUAUCCGACCAUAUCACCAACUUGAAGCGCGUUGGCUCCGGCCUCGGGGAGUAUAUGUUCGACAAGAAAUCCCUGGACUAAACAAUUUGACAGAACAAAACUUAAUAAAGACAUCAAUACGGGAGGUGUUCAAAGGAACUCUGGAUCGAAUCCCUACAGGAAUGAUUAAAUACCGAAAUAUGUACAAAAAUAAAGUGGAACUCAAGAUUAAAGAAAACACAGUGGUUAGAAAAAUAUCCAUUCACAUAAAUGCAUCAGUAGAAAAUAUGAAUUAAAAAAUUAAAAAAUAAAAAAUGCAAGAAACUUUA